AUGACUUACUCCGUGAAGCAUGCAUUCCUCGUUGGCAUUACCCUUUCUACGGCGGUGCUGGGUCAGGAUUGUGGCAGGUUCACCGUUUUCACCGACAGGGGAGCGAGUUCAAACUCAUACAACUGCGAUGCAUUCGUUGACGAUGCCAUGAUGCCGUAUCUUGCGUGGUUUAACGGGACCACCACUGUAAGGAAUCUUUCGCUGUUAAAAGCUGUCGUCACCAAUAUGAAGAAACUGAAGCUGACUUACAUUGGCCAGCUUACGUUGACCGGUGGACCGGCAUCCGAAUGCCCUGACAAAACCUGGCAAUUUCUAAACAACUCCUUGCUCAUUGGCGGCAUGACAGUACCCGGCAAUGCCACGCUCGACCGGACUAAGUAUGACAACAACACCUUCUACUUCACCAUACCCGAGCAGUCGAACGAUAACAUCAGCGUGGUCUUCCAGUCGUCAUCAGACGAAUGGUACAGCGAACCCCAGGGCUGGCAGAUCAACGCGACGAAAGCCGGAGACGGGUACGACAUCGCCGGGACCUGGAUCGGGACAAGGCCGGACAACAACUACCUCGACUUUCCCGGCGUCCCCGGCGAUGAUUGUUGGGACAGCGGGCCGAUCUGGCUGGGGCAGUAUGGAUACUUUGACGAGUAUAAAUGGAUCUUGGUCGGACACGUGUCACCCAAAGCGGCGAAUCUGAGCGUCAUCAUGACCGAGAUCGAUGACGACGGCGCAGUGUGGCAUAUAUAUACCAACUUCACCGGCAAAGCUGGACCCAAGGGGCCGAAAUUGGUGACCACGGGGGAUGCGCCGACCACGGACGCUCAUGCUUGA